AUGGUUGGACGGCCCAAAUCCGAGAGCAAGAAGCGUCAGAUACAGGUGAAAAUCAAGGCAUCACUCCAAAGACAGGCUGUGGCCGCAUAUCAGGAGGAAUUGGCGAAGCGGGCACUUGGGCUUCCAGCGCGUGGUGCUCGAGCAAUAUGUGAUUAUGUCACAGCAGAGCACAAGCAGAAAACUGGUACCGAAAUUAAGUUCAAUCAUGCUACAAUCAUUAACCACGCACGAGGGCUUCAUCGCCCUCGAACUGAGCACGACGCAGAGAAUGGCUGGCUCACACUCACGGAGGUAGAGCUUGUUCUGCAGUACAUCAUCGAGCUAGGAAAUCGUGGCUUUCCAUUAAGCCACAGGAGACUGAAGGAGCAUGUUGAUGAGAUCCUACAAGCACACCUAGGUGACACUUUUCUGGCGAAGGGUGUGGGAAAGAACUGGACUCACCGCUUCAUUCAGAGGCAUUCAGAUCAGAUAAAAGCAUCAUGGGCCUCGCCACUGGAAGAGAAGAGGGGGCGUGCUGUGAACCCACACACGAAUGAGGCAUGGUUCAAGCUGCUCGAGGAUACCAUCAGGGACUAUGACAUUGUGCCCAAAAUGACUUAUGGUACAGAUGAAAUAGGCUGCAGCGGCAGCACAGGGCCAUCGGAGCAUGUUCUUGGAGCAAACAAAAAGGGCCCGCAAUAUCAGCAGAUCGGUGGCGAUCGCGAAAACAUCACUGUGAUCGUUACAAUCUGUGCCGAUGGCUCAGCUACACCUUCAGCUGUGAUCUUUAAGGGGAAAGGCUACCAAGUGAGCUGGAAGCAGGAUAAUCCUGCCAAUGCAUCGAUAGGGUAUUCGAAAAAGGGCUGGACAAAUGGAGAAAUCGGAGUGGAAUGGAUCAAAGAUUUCGAUGAGCGCACCAAAACAAAGGCAGCAGGCUGCUAUUGGCUUCUUCUGGUUGAUGGUCAUAAUUCGCACUACACUCGCAGCUUCCUCCAGUAUGCACGCAUGCACCAAAUUCUCAUCCUCUGCUAUCCUUCACAUGGGACCCAUGUCUACCAAGGACUUGACAUUGUUGUCUUUGCGACUCUCAAACGCUAUAUCCGAGAGGAACGAGAUAAGUGGGAAAGGUCGACAGGGCAGAAGCUGAAGAAGGAAAACUUUCUCACCAUCUACAGACGAGCUCACAUGCGCGCAAUAACACCGGAAACUGUUAAAGCUGCAUUCCGCAAAACUGAGGUUUGGCCAUUUAACCCACUCGUUGUCACAGAGGAGAUGAUGGCACUGAGCAAGGAGACAUCCUGCGAAGGCCAGCUUCCACUUGUUCUGGCAAUGUCAGUGCGUGUCAUCGCAAAGAUGCUACAUGACCUCUGCAUCAAAGAUGAUCUGCCCGAUAGCGAUGAGGAGAUAGAGGGUGUGUUGGACAUGGAAAGUGGCAGUGACAGUGAUGAGGGAGAUGUCGGAGAGGGGCAGCCAUGUGUUGCAAUCAGUUAUCCACCAUCUUCCCACACUGAUCCUGCCGAAGUGUCAACAUUAACGUCCACAGUGGCUAACUCUGCAGAUGUCAUUAAGGAAGCAGUUUGA